GUUUUACUGGGAACGAGAAAGGAUGUCAUCCAGGAGACGGGAACCUGUGAAAUGUUGGGAAGGAGGGGGGCAGCUGGAGCCUUCGUGCGGUGCUGGUGGGAGGGCAGAACGGUGCAGCCACUUGGAGAAAUGGUUGAGCGCUUUCUGAAAAGUUCAACACCCACUUACUAGACGCCACACUAGUCCCACUCCGAGGGGCCUACCUGAGAGAAACGGGAGUGUAGGGUGAACAAAGUGUCACGUAGAAAUGUUUAGCGCAGAACCUGAGGGAAGAAUAAACACGCGUCCAGUUGAAUAGGACUCAGCAAUCGAAAGAAACGACUCACACGUGCUACACUGUGGAUGGAACUUGAAAACACUAUAAAAUGAACAGAGCCCAGCCCCAAACAGUACAGUGUGUUGGACCCCAGUUACGCUUCCUGCUGCGGAUAGUUCUAUUUCCUGGAUGUAGCAUGAAUUAUUUAACUGAGCCCCAUCGUUGGAUCUGAACUCGUUUUCCAUUUAUGUCAAUAUGACGAAUAGCAUAUGAAUAUAAGGUGGCCAAUCUUAAUUAUGUCUUUGGACAAAUGCCCCGAAGUGGAAGUGCCCAUGUGAAAGUCUGUCCAUGUUCGGCCAAGUGGCCCUUCACAAAGUGCGCGCGCUCUGUGCUCCCACCGGCAGGGCGCAAAUGUCAACGGCUAGGGUCUCGAGCGUAGCCCCGCUUACCGCGCAGUGGGGGCACCCUCCAAACCCAGGAGCCCCAUCCUCACGCCGCUCUGUUUGUCCGCAGACGCCCAGUGAGCAGCCUCCAUGGCCUGGCCUUCCUGCAGCAACAACUGCCAACUGGCAGCCUUCAUCCUGGCCACCGUAGGAUGGGUCCUCGCCAGCACCUGCAUGGGCCUCUCGGAGUGGCGCGUGUGGCGCACGGAGAGCCUGCCUUUCUCCCCCUCCAGUGUGGUCUGUGUGGGGAUGUGGAAGAUGAGUGACACCAACAGAGUCGAGUAUUGUCAACAUUACAGCUACCGGGAUAUUUAUCUCCCUCUGGAUGUCCGUGUCUCUCAAUAUCUACUGCUGGUCGCCAGCAUCCUAGGUCUUUUGGAAAGAGCCUCCGUCAUCUUUGCACUUAGAAAUCUGUACAUAGGAUCUCUUCCGAAGGAGGCCACGGUCGGUCCAUUUAUUGCCUCGGGAAUUCUGAACAUAACCGCUGGGGUGUGCGUCUCGAUCGCCGUGGCCUGGAAUUACCACCCGGUGACAAACAAGGAGGGGAUCGCCUUCCCGCCGUCGCUCUGUAUACCCUUCAAGCCUGAGACCCAGGUGGUAGGCAGCACGGUUUUGGUGGCGUGCCUGGGGGCCGUCCUAAUGCUCUGGAGUGGGCUGGUUUUCAUCUCUUACAGACACCCCAAUGCUCACCUGGUAUGUCCUCAAGCUUCAGAAGUGUAAUAGCCUUGUUGCAUUGGCUUCCCAAAUUCAAGAUUGCCAAGGGCUUGUGAGAGGCUUAGUGGGAUGGGCUAGCAAGUAUUUGAAGGAUUCUAGACCAUGCCAAAGGUAGUCGUGGGCAGAAAGUAGCUAACUGUUUCCUUCUGUUACUUUCUAUGUCUCUGGUUCAUUGUAAGAAAAUUUCACUUCAAACAAUCUUCCCCACCUGCCGGUUGGUCUUAUUGAAUCUGAAUUUCAAUAAAUAAGUAAAUAAAUUGAAUAAAUAAUCUAUACUAUAAA